GCUGAGUCAGGAGGAUCUCUUGAACUUGGGAGGCGGACAUUGCCAUGGGCCGAGAUUGUUCCACUGCACUCCAGCCUGGGCAAAAGAGUGAAGAUCUGUCUCAACAAAAUAAUAAUAAAUAAUAAAAACAAAAAUAAAUGACUGUGUGUCCUUAGGCAAGGCACUUAGCAACUAUGAGCUUCAGUUUCAUCUAAACCCAGGACGUUAGUGAUUCUCCCUCUAGUGGAUGAAAUGAAGUAAUGCAGAUAAACCCCUAAUGCAGGGUACCUGCCAGUCACUGCAGUAGCUGUGGCAAUUGUCACCUUCGUCCAAGCCCAUCCCGCUUUGAGGGCCUAGAGAGAGUGGGCCAGAGGUUAACCCCCGACUCAUCUGCUUCCCCACGCUGGGCAUCUGGGUAUGCCAGGGCGUUCCCCCGCUGGUCAGACAGGUUUUGGGGCCGGGGCGGGGCUGACCAGGGUUAAUUAGAGGGAACUGGCUAGCAGGAGCUGGGGAGGGGGCUGGGCAGAGUCUAGGCCUCCAGAGCCCCUGGGACACAGCAGGUGUGUGCUGCCAUGGGCCGGGGCUUGAACUCUGCCAGACUCAGGCGCCAAAAACGGCGCUUGCGACCUCGGGUCCAGAAGCCCAGGCAACAGCUGGAGCGGCUCCAGCAGAACCAUGAGCUCCGGCGAGGCCUUGCAGCCCGAGGAGCCGAGUGGGAGGCCAGGGCCGUGGAGCUGGAGGGGGACGUGGAGGCCCUGCGGGCCCAGCUCGGGGAGCAGCGCUCGGAGCAGCAGGACAGUGGGCGAGAACGGGCACGGGCCCUCAGCGAGCUCAGCGAGCAGAACCUCCGGCUCAGCCAGCAGCUGGCUCAGGCCUCCCAGACUGAGCAGGAACUUCAGAGGGAACUGGACACCCUUCGGGGACAGUGCCAGGCUCAGGCACUGGCUGGGGCAGAGCUGAGGACGAGGCUGGAGAGUCUGCAGGGGGAAAACCAGAUGCUGCAGAGCCGCCGGCAGGACCUGGAGGCCCAGAUCCGAGGCCUGCGUGAGGAGGUGGAGAAGGGCCAGGGCCGACUGCAGACCACGCACGAGGAGUUGCUGCUGCUGAGGCGGGAGAGGCGGGAGCACAACCUGGAGCUGGAACGCGCACGGUCCGAGGCCGAGGAGGCGCUGAGCGCGCUGCGGAGGCUGCAGCGGCGCGUCUCCGAACUGGAGGAGGAGUCACGCCUCCAGGACGCCGACGUGUCGGGUGCCUCGUUGCAGUCAGAACUGGCCCACAGCCUCGAGGACGGCGACCAGGGCCAGAGCGCCGAAGCACGCGGAAACACCCCGACCACCCGGUCCCCAAAGACCCGAGAGGCAUCCAGUCCCCAGCCUUCACCCCCGGAAGAGAGCUUAGAGCCCCCCAAGAAGCGAGCAUCCCUCAGCCCAGCGGAGAUACUGGAGGAGAAGGAGGCGGAAGUGGCCAAGCUGCAAGAUGAGAUCUCGCUGCAGCAGGCAGAGCUGCAGUCCCUGCGGGAAGAGCUGCAGAGGCAGAAGGAGCUGCGGGCGCAGGAAGACCCUGGGAAGGCCCUGCACAGUGCCCUCUCAGACCGGGACGAAGCCGUGAACAAGGCCCUGGAGCUGUCCCUGGAGCUCAACCGCGUCUCGCUGGAGCGAGACUCCCUGUCCCGGGAGCUGCUGCGCGCCAUCCGCCAGAAGGUGGCGCUCACGCAGGAGCUGGAGGCCUGGCAGGACGACAUGCAGGUGGUGAUCGGGCAGCAGCUGCGCUCACAGCGCCAGAAGGAACUGAACGCCGCCGCGUCGUCGUCGACCCCACGCCGUGCCGCGCCCCGCUUCUCUCUGCGCCUGGGCCCCGGGCCCGCCGGUGGCUUUCUCAGCAACCUCUUCCGAAGGACCUGAGGGCUGGGCCCAGGGGCUGCCCUUGCCCGCUUAGGGGCUCACUUUCCUCUUCUGGCCAAUUAAGCGACAGGGCCUGGAUUGUCUUCCAAAAGGAGCUGAUGCCCUCCCCACCCCAGGAUGCUGGGCAAGGGCUCAUCCGGAGCAGGGGCCAGCUUUGUGGGGCAGGAGCCCCUGGUGGGUGGCAGGGGCAGGUGAACAGAGCUAUUUUCCGAAUCAAUAUAGGUCUAUCUUUUCUAGGGCAGGGAUGGGGCUGGGUAUUUAUGUAUCAAGAUGGGACAGAGUAAUAUAUAAAUCACUCCACCGAUUUGGCCUCCAUUCGUGGAAAGAAAGAGCACGGAAAAAAAGCCUGAAACUUUAUUGUAAAAAAGAAAAUGAAAAACACUCUAAAACCCUG